UCACUGGUUUUAUUUACAGGAACUUGCUAAAUUAUUGAACAAUUGGAUUCAGACCGGCAAGGAUUUAUAGUGUCUCUUCUUAACAUGAGUUUUUAUUGUUAGUUAUUGGUUUAAAUCCAAAGCCCCAUAGUAGAAAUACAAGAUGCAUUCCCUUCAACGAGUAGCAAUGUCCGUUUCCAAAACAUCCAGAUUAAAAGUGAACACAGUUCCUAAAGUUUCUUCAACAAUUCUAAAUCCUCUUUCAAAUUCAGCUACAUCUCUUUUCAGUUCUUGGUCCACAAAGUCGCCUACCAACUCUAAAAACGACGAUGAUGAUUGGAAUGAUGCCUGGGAAUCAGCUUGGCUUCCAGAGGACCUCACGGGCAAGAAUCGGGCUCCUUGGGAAACGGAUGUCAAUUUCCCGUCCAUGACAUCAACAACUGUGAUGCCAUCAGAUGUUGACCCAGAUACCAAGGCAUUUGUUGAGGACAUGAAUGAAAACUGGAAUGAGAGGCGAAGAGCGCCAAAGAACGAGGAGGAAAAGGAGACGAAACAGAAUGUCAAUGGUGAUUCGCUUUAUAGCUUGGAGACUAUGAAGAAGGAUUAUAGAUUGAAGAAGCAAAGGAUCCAUGCUGGGUUGUGGGUGAAGGAGAUUGAGAAGCAAGAGGAGGCUAAGUUGGGGGAUUCAGGUGGCGGUGUUGAUGAUGAUAUUGAGAGAUUGCUCGAUAGCUGCUCUGAGUAUGUUCUUGCUUUCUGUUUGUUGCUAUAUAUAUAUGCUGUUUCACUAUAGCAAUUGGGGAGUUUCUUGUUUUUCUUUUGUUUUA